ACGUAAGGCGCAGCAUGUCUCCAAUUUCAUUUCGAUUCUGACCAACUUCUCCCGCGGUCACUCACCAACAACUCGCCUGAAGUGACUUGACGAUUUAUUGAGUUGCAUUUUUAUAACCCUCGCUAGUGUGUCUGUCUUGCUACCGGAAGUUUGCUUGCCCAGGACCAGACCGCCGAUGUUGUGUAGCCGAGUCCAUUGCAAUACAGUCAGCUUGGCCUUUUGAUAUUAAUAACGUUACUGUAUCAGCGCAGCGCGAGACGUCAAGUUGUCAGACAAAAGCUAUCGUUACCCUCGUCCCACUGACGUCCCCCCACCUCAUCGACUUCAAACGCUGUACCACAACAAGUAUAUACUAACAACAUUACAAAACUUCUCACUGUUUCCUAUUUUGUUGUUUUCAUGUGGAGGUAGCCAGCCGCUUAGGCCGAUGAGCUUUACGCCAUGACCGAACUUCCAGAGCCGGCUCUCUCUACCAACUUUUCACGAACAUAUGGGGGCAACGGCGCAUUUCAUAAUUUUUACAAUGAUUAUUCACAUAUCACCGAUCCCAAUCUUCGUCGGAGGUUAGCUCUUGCGGAAAUCGACCAGGUAUGUAAUUCUAGAUGUUGUAGCCAAAGCGUUCUGUUUAGUAUACUAACUUGAAAAGGUUCCCUUUGGUUGGUACCAUGUACGAGCUGUAUUGGUAGCGGGAGUCGGAUUCUUUACAGAUUCCUAUAACAUAUUUGCCAUCAAUCUCGUCACUGCGCUGUUAGGAAUGGUCUUCUGGCAAGGUGAUCCCAUUCCUGGAUCGAAUUCAGGCGGAAAUCAUGGAGCGUUACCACAAUCAGUCAACACGGCCCUGAAAGCAGCGACAUCCGGAGGCGCCGUAGUAGGGCAACUGUUUUUUGGAUGGCUGGCUGAUAUAGUAGGCCGGAGAAGAAUGUAUGGGGUUGAACUGGGGAUUAUUGUUUUUGCAACUUUUGCUCAGUCGCUUGCAGCUCCUAGUAUUGCUGUAACGUUGACUGGGUUGAUGAUUUUCUGGAGAGUAAUAAUGGGGAUAGGAAUCGGAGGAGAUUAUCCGCUGUCCGCUGUAAUAACGUCAGAGUAGGUGCUUUUCUCUCGCUUCUACAAGCUACCCCUUGAUUCAUCGGAAGGGGGUCCGCCAAGCACCGGCUUUCCACACUCGCAAAGUAUAAGCUAACCGAGCAUAGAUUUGCACCAACGAGAUGGCGUGGGGCAAUGAUGGCAGCCGUGUUCUCUAUGCAAGGUACAGGGCAGUUCGCAGCGGCACUAGUUGCGUUAAUAACAACAAUGAGUUUUCGGAAAUCCUUCGAGGGCACUACAAGCUCAUUUUCCAGCUGUCAUGCAGAUUGCCAGGCCGCUGGAGACCGAGCAUGGCGUAUAAUCGUGGGUUUUGGUGCCGUUCCAGCACUUUUUGCGUUGUACUGGCGAUUGACAAUUCCCGAAACACCCCGAUAUACCUUUGACGUUGCCCACGAUAUCGAAAAGGCCCAUGCCGAUAUCAAGGCCUAUAUGAACAACGAAGCGGAAGGAAAGGUUGAUCCAAUCAUACAACAAAAGACCAAAUUAAGACAAGGGAAGAAUUUGGCAGCGCCAGAUGCAUCCUGGCCGGAUGCAUUUUCUUAUUUUUCCCAGUGGAAGAACUUCAAGGUUCUCUUUGGUACAACAGCAUCAUGGUUUUUCUUGGAUCUAGCCUUCUAGUAAGCAAAUUUUCCUGAUUUGCUCAAACGUGGAACUGAUUUUGUUUGUAGUGGCCUUGGGUUGAAUAAUAGUAUCGUUCUUAACGCCAUUGGAUACUCAUCAGGCGACACCAUCUACCAUAUGCUUCUGAACAAUGCCCUUGGAAAUCUCAUCCUUAUAUGUGCCGGGUCUAUACCAGGUUACUGGCUCUCUGUAUUGACCAUCGAUACCUUCGGUCGAAAGCCCAUUCAAAUCGGGGGGUUCACUAUGCUUACCAUCAUUUUCGUCAUCAUCGGAUUCGCUUUCAAAUCGCUUUCAUCCAGUUCCCUGCUUGGUCUUUAUGGUCAGUGAUCUCCUGCUUUUGGGUUCUAUCAUAUUGUUUUAGAGAACCUGUUCACCAACGAGGAAGCACUUUCUUCCCCUCUAUCCACCUGAUAUCUCCUCUACUAUUUGUUGACCCUGCUUGAAAAUGAUAAUACUGACCAGUGUCACAAGUCAUCGCCCAAUUCUUCUUUAAUUUCGGUCCAAAUACAACAACUUUCAUCAUCCCGGGUGAGUGCUUCCCUACUCGUUACCGUUCAACCGGACACGGUCUCUCUGCUGCAUGCGGAAAGGUUGGAGCAAUCGUAGCACAAGUCAUGGCCGGACCACUCCUGGCACGAGAUGCCAAACCAAAUUGCAAAGGCAUCGCAUGCCAACCGUGGCUCAACCAUCUCAUGCAAAUCUUUGCCUUGUUCAUGUUUCUCGGCACCUUGGUAUCAUUUCUCGUCCCGGAAACAAAAGGACAGACAUUAGAGUAUCUCGCUGGUGAGACCAAUAGUAUUCCAAGGAAGACGAAUCAUGCUGGUGAUGGAUUCCGAGGUUGGUGGGUGAGGCAUCACCCUUUCGCUGGUGGGAGACCCGCGGGGUUUAGUACGAUGAGGUCGCCGAGUUUGAUUGCGAGGAGUCCUGGUACGAGGGCAAGGAAAGAGAGGGUGGGGAUUAUGACGAGUCCGGAUUUGAUUCCAAAACCUGCAGGGAAGAGGAAGAAGGGGCAGAACCAUGCCCGCACGUCGUCUUUUGACAGGGGAGCACAUAGUGAAACAGCGGGUAGUAGUGAAGGGAGAGGAUAUAGUGCGGAUGAAGAUGAUGUGUACACGACCGUGGGCACUGGGGGAAUGCCCCCGGGGUGGAGUGCCGGGUGGGGGGUGCAGAGAAAUCCGGUCAGAGAUGGGAGGGUGGAAAGUAUUAUGUUGCAUGAUGUUGGGAGUUUGCUGAAAUGACUUAGGUAAGCUUCUGAGUUGUUGGUACACAGUUUCGUUUUUCAGGAAGUACGAUACCCAGGUUUGUACAUACUUUGAUUUUGGGGGAGUUUGAGGUGUAAAAUAAAGGCAAUCGGUUGAAACUUCUGCUGGGAGUGACAUAGCUUCUCUUGCAGCGUCUAUCCA